UACAAUUUCAUUUUGUAUUUGGGAAAUUUUACGACUAUAUGGAUGACGCUUUCAUCAUUGAGCUCAUGGCACUCCGGGAUGCUCUCGAUGGAGAGUUUCUAAAUCGAUUUCUAAUGUCUCAUUCUGUGGUGACGCGCAGGUGCUCAUUCAAAUGAUUAAUCGUAAGGAUUCAAGCCAUGUUUUGAGUGGUAGCCUCCUUUCAGAGAUUCAGGUGCUUCGUGUCUCCAUGCAACGUGUAUCGUUCCACUUCGCUCCGCGUAAGUACAACAGGGCUGCCCAUAUCGUGGAGAAAAAAGCCCUCUCAUCGUUGGAUCGUCGGUUGGUUGACCAACGACUCUUCCUUAUUUCCUCUUUGUAAUUGACCUGUAAAGGUCCUUUUAUUAUGUCGUAUCUACUGUAUUCCCUUUCGGGAUAUCUUUAGAAAAAAAAAACUAAAUCCAAAUACAAAUUACAUAGCAAAUCAAUAAUACUUAAAAAGAAAUCAUAAACACACAUAAAUUGGUACAUAAAUAGAAGUCUUACACUGUAACACAUAACAAAUACACAUACGACAACACACACCUACAUAAAUUAUCCAAAGCAAAUAAAGUAUGGUGAGUACCUUCGAAACCACACAAGGAUUCGUAAUAGGUCAACAAAUAAUCAACUUCAGUCCGAAUUGAUAGAAGAGAUAUGGAAUCGAUUCAGAGACGAGGAGUACGAUGAUUAAUCUAGUAUCGUUUUUAUGUAUUUUUAUUAUGUGUUUAUUUGAAAUAGUAAUUAUGUUAUGUAAGUGUGUUUAUUUGAAAUUGUGAUUGUGGUAUGUUAAUUUGUAAUUUACAAUUGUGAUUCUGUUAUGUAAUUCGUUAUUUGAAUAUUGUACUUGUGACUUAAUAAUAAGUUUCAUGUAUUUUUAAUAAAGUAUACCCAUUUUAAAUUAUCUAAUUUAUUUUUUAAUUAAUGAUUAAAUCUAUAAUAUAUUUUUCAAUGAAUUAUUAAUUUUAUUUAUUAUUGAUAAUUAAAAAAUUAAAGUAUAUUAUUUUAAUUAAUUGAUGCAUCUUAAAAUUGGUAAAAUAAUAUAGAUUAAAUAAAAUGUAUAGUUGUAUUAAAAGUAAGUUGGACCCACCAUAUAAAAUAGAUUGGGGAUUUCAUGGAUAUAGAGUAAAUGGAAGUGAUAUGCAGUGAAAUGGAAAAAGCUGCUGAUGUUGCAGUAGCCAGUAGGGGCCACAUAUGAAAUAAAUUGGGGAUUUCAUGGAUGUGGAUUGUCUAGUUGAAUAGGUGGUGGUGAGUGAGUGGGUCCGCCUCCCACUUUUGCUUUUUUGUAUGCACAUUUUGUUACUUAGUUUAUUUUCUUAUGUCUAUGGGUUAAAUAAAAUGUUUAUUUGUAUUAAAAAAAAUUAGUUGGAUCCACUUUAUGAAAUUGAAUGUGUAUUUUAUUGAUAUAGAAGAAAUGAAAGUGGUAUGUAGUUGAAUAGAAAAAGUUGCUGAUGUGGGAGUAGGGCCACAUAUGAAAUAGAAAUGCUAUUUCAUGGAUGUGGAUGGUUUGAAAACUUUGGUGACAAGACUAAGGGGUCGUUUUUGUGGGAUUUGGGUGUUGUAUUUGGCACCCAAAUACCAAGCAUGAUGUAUUUGAUAAAAAAAUAUUGUUUGUUGAGGUAUACAAAUAUGCGGGGCCCAUGGAUUUGGACAUUUUUUUAGCUCCAAAUCCGUGGCCCCACGUAUUUGCAAAUACCACAUUAUGGAAGGCAAAUUUUUGAGACCCAAAUACCAAAUGAACUAAAUCCAUGAUAAAAAUUCAAUUAAACAAUCAAUGUUAUCUUUCAAAUACAAGAUACAACAAAUUCAUCAUAAAUCCAAAGGUUUUCCAAUCUCAAAACCUUUAUUUUCUAAUCCAACAAGCAAACGAGCCCUAAGACAUGUUAAUUAAUAAUUACUCAAGUUCCAACAACACCAUUAUGUAAGAUGUUACCCCACUUGCAUAGAAUACUUAGUUUGUGAUAAGAAAUGAAUAUUAGAAAUUUGUGAUAAUGGUGAAAUGCAAUACAUAGCAUGAUUAAUCAUUUAGUCUUUUCUUUUGAUUUUGUGGCCUGGUUGAGACAGGCGCUGUAAUGAUCUAUUUGUUGAGUAUCAAUAUAUGAUUAUCUUUUGUCAAAAAAAAAAAAAUCAUUUAGUCUUUUCAAGUCUAGUCCCUCGCUGACAUAGUUUUCAUGCGUUAUCUUCGGCCUACCUCUCUUUUAUUCCAUUGUCUCAUGCAGGGGUGAACAUAAAAAUAUGAAAACUGGUCAUGUGGUCCAACUCGUCAAUCCAAACCGAUCUAAUCUAAUCGUGAGACAAUUAGGUUUAUAUAUUGUCCCGAGUACAUAGUUAUAAGUAUAUACACAACAUUUGCCCUUGUUGUUAAAAUUGAGCGAUGUCUCUCUUACCGCGAGAAGAUUUCUUCACAUAUAGAAAGUACGAGUUCCAAUAUUACCUUCAAUAUAAGCUGUAGCAACUGCUGGAAAGGAUAUCAUGACAAAGUGCAUAUCUAGAAUACAAUGUUGCUGACCAAUGCAAGAUUUUUUUUUGUGUGUGAGAAUUUUUUAAUUGUUGCUUUCCUACCAUGGUUAUUUCUUCUCCAUAGUGUUUGUAUGUGCAAAAGCGGUAUAUAGAUGAAUCAAAAUAACACUCCUGAAAUUGGUAAAUUAUAAAGACCUAAAACUGACUCGUCCAACCCACCUACAACCCUAUUCUCAUGUGAAAUUUUCCACUGUAAUGUUAUUUAUAGCCCAUUUUGUCCUUUUUCAUGGUGCUUACCCUCAAGUUUCCAAGAAUAGGGCAAGAAUUUGUCAAGAACGGGUAGGAAAGAAUCGAAUUGAAAGCAUGAUUAAUCACUCUCCUUAGAGUGUUAUUUGCCCCCACUACAAAUUGCUGCUAGGCUUGAGCAAACCACCCACAGGAGUCCUUUCAAUUUUAAGUCUGGAAGCAACAAUCUUGCAGACUUCUGUGUUUAGGAAAUAGAGAAGGAAAACGGGAAGAAGAAGUAAUCUCUCGUAUUAAAAGAGUAAUGACAGUCAUCUAUUUAUAAUUGUGAAAACUGGAAGUUAACUUCCAAAGAGACACAUCCUUUCACAGAAAAAGGUAGUUACAUUUCCCGAAAGGAGACAUCCUUUCAUCAGAAAAAUGGAAGUUACCUUUCUGGAAGGACACUUCUUAUACUUUCCUUCUCCCAUCAAUGUGGUAUUACAACUCUAUUGACUAACUCUAACAGAUUUUUUGUUCACACAAUGCUUUUCCAUGUUAGUUUUACAGAUAUAUUUGUAGUUUAGUCUAUGACAUGCUUGGUGAAUUUAGCAUAUAAGAUAUUGCUAGUAAGGUGACGCUAUUUGGACCAUAAAUGAACUAACAUUUAAUUG